UGCAAUUGCAAUUAAUCAUGUGGGUUUUUGUGGCCGGAAGGGCCCUUGAAAUACAGAAAGAGGGUGCAUGCACUUUGCUUACUGAGCUGAGAUACAAUUCAAGGGGUGAAUUUGACAGAGUUUGAACAAAGCUUCGGAAUGGCUACUGAACAAGACUCAGAUGCUCAAAAGAAGCUAGCCAGGGACUUAUGGCAGGCUGUAAACUAUAGUAACGUCAUCAAAGUUAGGUCCAUGUUGGGACAGGGGGCAGACCCCAACCACCAGCUCUACUGGAGUGACAAGUGGGCGGAUAAGCAACCUCCAUUACACUUGGCUUGCUGGAGGGGCUACCUUGAGAUUGUGAAGACACUGGUUACUCAUGGAGCUCGUACUGAUAAAGGUGGUGGGAGUGAAAACAUGACUCCACUUCACUGGGCAUGCUGGGGAGGUCAUAAAGAGGUGGUGCAGUACUUGAAGGAGGUCGGGUGCAGCACUGAUGUGAGGGACAGGCGGGGCCUAACACCACUGCACAGGGCUUGUGUGGGAGGAAAUAUACAACUAGUGAAAUACCUAGUUGAGGAACUAAAGUGUGAUGUUGAUGUAACUAAUAAUGAUGGCAGGACUCCUCUUGACUGGGCAGUACAGUAUGGUCAGACUGAAGUUGCUGACUAUCUCAAGUCUGUAGUCUCCACUCCUGAACCAAAUACUCCAAAUGGUUCCGAACAACUUCCUUCAACUUCUUCCAAGGAUGAUCCUAACCUAACCUCAUCAAUCGAUAUUCAAAACCAAACCUACUUGAAGAAACUGGACGAGCUGAUGACUGACGAAAGUGGUACCAUUGAGCUACACUAUCUCAAGACGCACUUCAUUGGUCCCUCGGGUAUUGGCAAAACGACCACUCGACAGCGGCUUGUUGGAUCCAUUACUAACCUGUCUUUGCUGCCCGAAAAUCAAAGGAAACGUUGCAGUACAUUACUAGCCGAGUGUGAACAAGUAUUGGCCUUUGUGGACAAAUCUGGAACAAAGCUUGAAUUCAAAGCAUCUUCAAGUCUAGAGGAAGAAACACAGUUUAUCUUCUCUUACCUUAUGUCCUGUGAACCUAUUGAAGACAGCAAUACUAGUCCACCUAAAGAACAGCCCACACAAGAAACCACUGACCCCAAGAAGCAAACUCAACUCAAGAUCGAUGAAGCACCGGUAUCACCAACUGAUCAGCCAACACCAGGACCACCGGAAAAGGUCGUGAAAGUGACCACUGUAGAUGUUGGAAAGGUUGUCUCGAGACUCCGGAGUAUUGUGGGUUCAGGAGAGUACACUAAAGAGCUGCUGAACAAAGUCCUACUCAAUCUGGUCGAUAUAGGUGGGCAGCCUGGAUUCGUGGAGAUGUUUCCAUUUCUAAGCAAAGGCGCAGGGAUUUUCCUGGUAUUCUUUCGACUGGACAAAGACCUCGAUGACAUGUGUCAAGUCUCCUACGAACGAGGAAAUGACAAGAUCACACCGUACGAUUCAACGUACACAAGCAGAGAAACACUCUCUCAAAUCCUCUCAGCUAUCAGCCACCAUACCAAGAUUGACUCGGAGAUUGACAGAGAGCAGUGUAGUAAACUGGGCAAUCUAGGCUCUGCUAAGCCUGUUGCUACCCUCAUAGGUACUUUCAAGGAUGAACUGACAAUGCAAAUCAAAGUCGAUCUUCUGUACGAGAAAUGUUGUGCCUCCACAAAAGCUGUUUGCAAAAGCUAUGGUACCACUUCCAGCGAGAGCGAUGAUACCACUGCCAGCAAGAGCGAUGGCACCACUGCCAGCGAGAGCGAUAGAACCACUGCCAGCGAGAGCGAUAGUACCUUUACCAGCAAGAGCGAUAGCACCACUGCCAGCAAGAGCGAUAGCACCACUGCCAGCGAGAGCGAUAGUACCUCUACCAGCAAGAGCGAUGGCAACACUGCCAGCGAGAGCGAUAGUACCUCUACCAGCAAGAGCGAUGGCAGCACUGCCAGCAAGAGCGAUGGCACCACUGCCAGCAAGAGCGAUGGCACCACUGCCAGCGAGAGCCAUGGCACCACUGCCAGCGAGAGCCAUGGCACCACUGCCAGCAAGAGCGAUGGUACCACUGCCAGCGAGAGCGAUAGUACCUUUACCAGCAAGAGCGAUGGCAGCACUGCCAGCAAGAGCGAUGGCAUCACUGCCAGCAAGAGCGAUAGUACCACUGCCAGCGAGAGCCUAAAAGAAAAGAAAGCAAUUCGGAACAUUUUAACUCAACAGAAGAGUGAUGAGCACGCUAACGUCAGUGCAGAAGACAUGGCUGCCAUUGAGCAAACAGUCAGCCAACACCUCAACUCAGACACUUUCAAGAAAGAUGUCAAAGAUCGUUUAGAGCAAAAAUUGACAGAGAAAAACGAAGCCGUUACCAAGAUUACCAGCAAGUUUGAGAAAUUACUUUCUAACCCAAAAGACAAGAAGUUCAUAGCAGUGGACAACUAUGAAGGCACUGAUUCUGAUAUGGAACCUCUUCGUGAACAUCUUCAUGGCAUUUUCAGUAGCUAUUUCAAAGAUGCCAAGCUUCGAAUUCGCCCACAACAGCUUUUGUUUGGAGUUGUACUGAGAAAAGAGUUUGACAUUGUGUCUAUGGAAGAAUGCAUUCGUAUCGGUACCGAGGGGUUAAAGAUGAGAGAGGAGGAGGUUCGAUUUACCGUUUGGUAUCUGGAUCGGUACGUUGGAGCUUUGAUCUAUCAUCCAGAGAUAAAGGACAAAGAUGGUUGGUUUGGGAACUUUGUUAUUUGCAACCCCCAAGUGGUAUUCAAAAGCCUCAGUGUUCUCGUUGUCAAUCCGCUGCUGGAGCUCCAUUCUGAAGACAGCCGUAUUCAGUUUAAUGAUGAUGAGAGAAGGAAUUGGAUACUCAAGGGACAAUUCUCACUGAAAACAAUCACUCGAUGCCAUUCAGAGGAAAACCAGGGUGUGAAGAAAGACCAGUUGAUUCCUGUUGAGAAGCUGCUCAUACUACUCGAGCAUUCCCACCUUUUAGCCAAAAUCACAACGGUAGUGAAGGAAGGCCAUACCACAGAAGAGGUUGAAACGACGUUUUUCAUCCCCGCUAUUCUCAAGUGUGCAUCUCGCGAGGAACUAACGAAACCACCCCCCACUGGCAUUGAUACACCCUCUCCAAUCAAGAUCACAUUUGACCCCCAGUAUGUUCCCAUUGGAGUAUUCUGUGCCAUGAUCAGUGAAUUGGUCUCAAGGGGGAGUAAAGGCAAAGGCAUUCUGGGCAUGACUUGGAAACUUGCCACUGAUACCUCAGUAAAGAGAAACCUCGUCUCCUUUCACAUUGACGAAUCUGCCAAGCAUUUUGUGACCCUGAUUGCUCAUGUCGAUAGCUACGAGAUACGUAUUAUUCGACAGAACAGGAAUCAUACGAUGCACGAGCUUUGUUCCUACGUCCUCUCAACCCUCCUGUUGGUGAUGAAGGAUAUUAGUCCACUACUCACUCCGAUUAUUGCCUUCGACUGCUACUGUGGCAGACAUGAAGAUGGUUCCAAGCUUUGCCUCCUCACAACAGGAGCUGAUCCCUGCUUUAAAUGCACCAGUGAAGUCUCUCUGAGUCCCCACCAAGAUUGCUGGUUUGCAGAAGAAGUCAGCCUGGGAGACGAUGUGUUCUUCCUUGCCCUGCCCUUUGCUGAGGACCUAGAUCCAAGCCUUACCUUCAAGUGGAGGAAGAGAAGACCCAGAAUUGGUGGUACUGAAAAUGAAUUGGAAUUCAAGGCUUCGUCGAAUGGUCACUUCAAGGGCUUUAUCAGUUGUGAGAUCUCCAAGAACCAGAAGCCUUUCUUCACCGUGUACCACUGCCUCAAAGAGAGUGUUGAGGACACCUCCAGCUCUGAAACUGAUGAGCUGUUUACAGAUGUGAAGGAAGUGAUCAAAGAGAUACGCUCUGACUGGUACAGCCUGGCUAUAGAACUGGACAUUGACUAUGCAACUAGGAAGAGUCUUGAGAAGGACUAUCGCUGGGUUGAGCCGUGCUUUGAGGCCAUGCUGACACACUGGGUGAAGCGCUCCUCUCCUCCCCCCUCCUGGUCUGCCCUUGUUAGAGCACUAGAGUCUCCCGCCAUUGCUCGUGGGGACAUUGCAACAACCAUUAAGAACACAAAAGCUACCAGCGACAUCUCUCCUGUUAUUUGUCCUCUCACUGACUGUGAGGGACUGAGUGUAGAUCAUCAUUUGAGGGUAGUGAGGACAGCUGCCUGGGAGGUGAGGGGGACAUGGCGUCCUCUGGGAGAGCAGUUGGGUGUCAAUGAGGGGACACUAGAUGCCAUCAAGAGGGACUGUCCGAAUGAGUGUGAUGACUGUUUCACUAAACUACUGGAGCAAUGGUUGACAGGAUCCACCCCCGCCCCCACACUAGGAGCACUCAUCCAUGCACUCAAGUCUCCUGUCAUUAGUCGUGGAGACAUUGCCCAACAGAUGGAGUCUAAACUAACCAAGCUAGCUUCACAGUAACAGCUCCACUGACUCCAUAUCAUGAUAGUGACUCGUACAUCUUUUAUUGAUCAGAAACAGCUAAUUUUUGUUAUGCUUUGUUUUGCUGGUUCCCACUCUUGCUAA